GAGGAGGCGCUCAGGUCACCGGUUCGGGAAGAUGUCAUUUAAAGUAGGAAAAGUGUAAAAGCAGGGCAUGUAAAGGAUGACAGAGUCCAAAAGCAAGAGAUGUGUUGUAAGUCUAAUCGUUGACUGAAUGUGUUGCUGAUUUACGGCUUUGACAGAAUGACUGGUUUAUAACUGGUCUAAAGGCGCUUUCGACAAACUGGUAUGUGGAGGAGACAGGCAGUUAAUGGAGCUUCAGUUUCAAUCAGAUUGUUAACUGCGCGUUUUCAUCCUAAGAUAAUAAUGUCUCGCAAGCUGCACGCAAGGAGGAUUGAAGGCAUUGACAAAAAUAUAUGGGUGGAAUUUACUCAGCUGGCUGCUCACUAUAAGCCAGUUAACUUGGGACAGGGAUUUCCUGAUUUCUCCCCACCUAGUUUUAUUCAAGAGGCCUUUUGCAAAGCGGUGAAUGGAGGGGUCCACAUGCACCAGUACACACGUGGUUUUGGCCAUCCUGCUCUUGUGAAGAUCCUGGCCAAGUUCUUCAGUAGAAUUGUUGGCCAAGAAAUAGAUCCAAUGGAGGAUGUCCUGGUCACAGUAGGAGCAUAUCAAGCUCUUUACUGCACGUUUCAGGCUCUUAUUGAUGAAGGUGAUGAGGUUAUUAUUGUGGAGCCUUUCUUUGACUGUUAUCAACCAAUGGUAAAGAUGGCAGGAGGAACGGCUGUCUAUGUGCCUCUCAAACCAAGAGAGAGAGAAGGCAGUGGUCAAGCUACGUCCAGUGCCGAGUGGGAAUUGUCUCCUGAAGAGUUAAAGAGUAAAUUUACUCCUCGUACCAAAGCCAUUGUCAUAAACACUCCUAAUAACCCACUUGGCAAGGUGUAUCUGCGGGAGGAACUACAGAUGAUUGCUGACUUGUGCAUAAAACACGAUGUUGUUUGCAUUAGUGAUGAGGUCUACGAGUGGCUAACAUAUGAUGGAACUAAACAUGUGAAAAUCGCCAGCCUUCCAGGUAUGUGGGAACGCACUGUCACUAUUGGAAGUGCUGGCAAGACUUUCAGUGCCACUGGUUGGAAGGUGGGAUGGGCAAUUGGAUCAGACCUCAUCCUGAAGCAUCUAAAAAUCGUCCAUCAGAAUUCUGUGUAUCACUGUGCCACAGCUGCUCAGGAGGCUGUAGCAGUUGGUUUUCAGAGGGAAUAUGAUGUAUUUGGAACAGAGGAAAGCUACUUUCAGCAGCUACCUGCCCAUCUUAAUGAAAAGCGUCUCAGGUUGGCAGACUGUCUGAGGAGCAUCGGUCUGAACCCUAUUAUACCUCAGGGAGGAUACUUCAUGAUAGCAGAUAUCUCAAAUCUUGAGGUCGACCUCACUGACCCCAGUACUAAAGAUGAACCCUAUGACUCCAGAUUUGUUAAAUGGCUCAUAAAAGAAAAGGGACUGGCCACUAUCCCAGUGUCUGCAUUCUAUAGCCCAGAACACAGAGAAAACUUCCAGAAAUACAUCAGAUUCUGCUUUGUAAAGGAGGACUCAACACUUAAAGCAGCAGAGGUCAUCCUGAGAGAGUGGAGUGACCGCAAAUAAAAUCAGUAAAUUCUUUGCAGAGACAAUCUGAGCCCCAUCACAAUUUAAUGAUGUAAUUUUGGAACAAGUGAUUUUUUUAAAAAAAAUCUGUUUGUCCUCUAGGCUUGUUAUAGGUUGACAAUAUCUGCAGCGCCAGUACAUGGCAAUAAAUGCAAGAAUACAAAAAAGAUAUAGUAGGGUAGUGAUUUUAGUACUCACAUUUGAAGACUUUGAAACAUGCUUCAGAGUAUAUUAAUGGCUGGAUAAUACUAUGAGUUUCUUUCUAUCAUCAUGUUCUCAUUUAAAAUCAAAAUUUAAAAUGAACAGUAAAGGGACUUUUGGGGGUCUUGCAACGAUUAUUAUAAUGAUUAAUGUUACGUUUUAAUCAAUCCACCAUUUUGGUACUUGAAGUCAGUAGCUGGAUUUGCUGGAAAAUGAAAUGUUGAAAUGUAUAUUUACAAGUUUCGUCUUUGAACAGCCUAGCUGUUAUUGUGGCAUAAUUGAAUAUAAUAAUGAUAAAAUUAUGUUGAUUAAAUGUAUGCUUCUGUGUGUUGAAUUUCUGUUUUGAUGCAGAGUUAGAUAUAGUUAUCAAUCUUGGAAGAUUGGUGAACAUUGAAUGACCCUUGAAGAUUAGAUACAGAAAUUCUCUUUUUUAUCAUACCCAGAAGCCCAGUUUUUUGUUAGUGUCUCGUAAAUGGAAACUUAUGUUUUCAGGAGUGGGUGAUAUACUUUGUAACCUGAUAGUGGGUGAUGGGUAUCUGAAGUCUUCUAAGAUGAUCAAACAGAUUGUUCCAGCAUAUACACUUUACACUCUUAAAAAAGGGUGCUUCCACAAAGAACCUUAAACAUCUUUCUGUUUCACAAAAUGUUCAUUGUGGUGAAAUAGGUUCUUCGGAAUAAAAAAAGUAAGAAAGAGACGUUUCUUUAAAGAACCUUUGACUGAAUGGUUCUUUGUGAAACUAAAAAUGGCUAUCCUAUGGCAUCGCUGUGAGGAAUUUAUUUAGCACCUUUUUUAAGAGUUUAGGCUGCAUGCUGCAACCAUGUGAAAAUUAAAUAAUAGUAAUUUUGCCUUCUAAUACUUAGAUUAAAAUGACGUUAGUCAAAGUCAAUGUAACAAUCCCCUUACAGGUUGAACGAUGAAAUUAUGUGUUUGGACACAAUAAAAGUUUCAUCAAGCUG